CGAGCGUGAGCGUGUAUAAACUCACCCACGCGAGGGCGACGCGAAAGCGAACGCCGACAUCUCUUGGCUCUCUCGAUCCGCCCCCACUUGGCCACUUCAUAAAACCAAGCUGCUUCUACCACCACCAGCAGCCCGGCCGUCUCCGGUCUCCACCCUCCGCUCACGCGUGUAGGGUGUCGCACGCCGAGUCGUGCAGCGAGGAAUCACCAGACAGAGAGAGAUCACGGGAGGGAGAUGUCGCCGCAGCAGCAGCAGCGGGUGGCGAUAGUCGGGGAGGAGUACUGCGAGGGCGAGGACAGGGAGCUGACGGUGCGGAAGACGACGCUCUUCACCCCGGGGGACGGGCUGGAGGCGUACGACCACCGGAACGGCGCGCUGGCGUUCCGCGUCGAGACGUACGGCCGCGGCGGGGCGUGCGGGGGCGGCGCCGCCAGGGGGGACCUCGCGCUGCUGGGCGCCAGGGGGGAGCCCGUCCUCACGGUGCGCCGCCGCCGCCCCAGCCUGCACAACCGCUGGGACGGAUUCCUCGGCGACGGCGCGGCGCAGGGACAGAAGCCCGUCUUCUCCGCGCGCCGCUCCUCCAUCCUCGGCGCUGGGACCGGCGCCGCCGCCGUGCUCGUCGACCUCCUCGCGCCCGUCGCCGGGGAGUUCCGCGUCGACGGGUCCUUCCCGCGCCGCUGCUGCCGCGUCGUCGCCUCCGCCAAGGCAUGGGCCGCGGGCGACGGCAAGGGGGAGGAGGAGGAGGCGGAGGAGGAUGUGGUGGUGGCGGAGGUGAGGCGGAAGGUGGACGAGGACGCGCACGUCAUGAUGGGCCGGGACGUCUUCGUGCUCUGGGUGCGCGCGGGGUUCGACGCCGCCUUCGCCAUGGGGAUCGUGCUCGUGCUCGACCGGAUCACCGAGGACGACGUCGACGGCGACCUGGGAGAGGAACUCCUCGAGGCCGCCACCUCGCCGGCGUAAGCACGCGGGAUCGGCUUCCCGCUCGUGGGAUCCUCGUGAUGUAGUAAAAUCCACAAACAGUUUUUCUGAUGGUUCUUCUUCGUCGUCAGAGUUUGGAUCUCCAAUCUUUGGGUUGUACUUUACCUUUGAGCAUGAUGUGAAUUAUCUUCUCAAUUCGGUGCUUCCUUUUUCCUUCCACCA